AUGCAGGCACGGGAGGCCGGUCCGGUGGCCCAUGGGCCACUGCCCGUGCCGCUGGUGCUGGACAACGGGUCGUUCCAGGCCCGCGCCGGCUGGGCGUGUCCAGGGCCGGACCCAGGCCCCGAGCCGCGUCUGCAGUUCCGCGCGGUGUGCGCCCGCGGGCGUGGAGGGGCGCGGGGCGGGGCGGGCCCGCAGGUAGGCAACGCGCUGGGCAGCCUGGAGCCGCUGCGCUGGAUGCUGCGCUCGCCCUUCGACCGCAACGUGCCGGUCAACCUGGAGCUGCAGGAGCUGCUGUUUGACUACAGCUUCCAGCACCUGGGCGUCUCCUCACAGGGCUGUGUUGAUCAUCCCAUAGUUUUGACAGAAGCUGUGUGUAACCCAUUGUAUUCACGACAAAUGAUGUCUGAGCUUCUUUUUGAGUGCUACGGGAUUCCAAAGGUUGCCUAUGGAAUAGACAGCCUCUUCAGCUUCUACCACAGUAAGCCAAAGAACUCGACUUCCAGUGGGCUCAUCAUUUCAUCUGGAUACCAGUGUACACAUAUUUUACCCAUCUUAGAAGGGAGGUUAGAUGCUAAAAACUGCAAGCGUAUCAAUCUUGGAGGAAGCCAAGCAGCUGGCUACCUCCAGCGUCUCCUCCAGCUGAAGUAUCCUGGACACCUGGCAGCCAUCACCCUCAGCCGCAUGGAGGAGAUCCUGCAUGAGCUGCGAGUGGCUAAAGAUGUUGAACAUCUUUUCAAGUGCAUAUUUACCUUCCAAUUGCAGAAGUGGCAGUGCCCUGAUUAUUAUGAGAACAACGUCCACAAGAUGCAGCUUCCGUUUUCCAGCAAGCUCCUUGGCAGCACUCUGACCUCUGAGGAGAAACAGGAAAGGCGGCAGCAGCAAUUGCGGCGGCUGCAGGAGCUCAACGCCCGGCGGCGGGAGGAGAAGCUGCAGCUGGAUCAGGAGCGGCUGGACAGAUUGCUCUAUGUGCAGGAACUUCUAGAGGAUGGCCAGAUGGAUCAGUUUCACAAAGCUCUGAUAGAGCUGAACAUGGACUCCCCAGAAGAGCUGCAGUCCUACAUACAAAAGCUCAGUUUGGCGGUGGAGCAAGCUAAGCAGAAGAUCCUUCAAGCAGAAGUCAGCCUCGAAGUGGAUGUGGUAGACAGCAAGCCGGAGACCCCUGACCUGGAGCAGCUAGAACCAUCAUUGGAAGAAGUAGAAACCAUGAAUGAUUUUGAACCCUUGUUUUCAGAGGAGACACCUGAGGUGGAGAAGCCUGUCACCACUGUCCAGCCCGUGUUUAACUUGGCAGCAUAUCAUCAGCUGUUUGUUGGAACAGAGAGAAUUCGAGCUCCAGAAAUCAUUUUCCAGCCGUCUCUCAUAGGAGAAGAGCAGGCUGGGGUAGCGGAGACUCUUCAGUACAUUCUGGACAGGUACCCAAAAGACAUUCAGGAGCUGCUAGUUCAGAACGUUUUCCUCACUGGGGGAAACAUGAUGUAUCCUGGGAUGAAAGCCAGAAUUGAGAAGGAACUGUUGGAGAUGAGACCCUUUCAGUCUUCUUUUCAGGUCCAACUUGCCUCAAACCCUGUGCUGGAUGCCUGGUACGGUGCUCGUGACUGGGCCUUGGACCACCUAGAUGACAACAAAGCCUGGAUCACUAGGAAGGAAUAUGAAGAAAAGGGAGGAGAGUACCUCAAGGAGCACUGUGCUUCCAACAUCUACGUUCCCAUCCGCCUGCCAAAGCAGGCCUCACGUGCCUCAGAAGCCCAGGUUUCUGGCAAAGGCUCAGGGGCCAGUGGAAGCAGUGCCGGUGAGCAGGCCUAGCAGAGGGGCAUGCCCGAGAGACUCCCCUGCAGUGUCCGAGGGCCACAUCAGCAGUGUGACAGGACAGCGAUGUGCUAGGUGUAUCCAGCCUGAGUCCACUGGUCACAUUUGGCUACAAAAUGGAUUUCUCCUGGGGGGAACAGAGUUAUUAAACAACACUGGGAGUUAGCCUUCAGUGUUAUGUCUAUACGGGGGCUUCUGCAGUGAAGGAACAUAGUGUGGCUCCUGGCGUCUUUGUUGAUGAACUGUGGCAUCAGCUUCCUACAGCAGCCCGCAGAGACAGGGUGGCAGACGUGUACAAGAUAUGUAAGACAUAUUUCUUUUUUUUUUUUUUUUUAAACCUAUAUAGGGAUCCGAACCUGUGGCCUUGUUAUCAGCACCACACUCUCCCAAGUGAGCCAUGGGCUGGCCCUGUAAGACGUAUUUCUUACUGCAGUUUAAAGUCUUUUUUGUUUAAAAAAAUCCUUUAAAAUUUA